AUGACCGCAGAAGCUGCAGAUGCGGGGGAGAAGAUCGCCGUCGUCGUCGAGUUCUCCGGCGGCCUGGAGAUGCUCUUCUCUGAUCAGCGGCGUCACGCUCUCUCCAUCCCGGCGGUGAACAAGGACGGCAAGCCCGCAACUAUUGCCUUUCUCAUCAAGUAUCUCUGCGAGAACACGAUGAAGGACUCCAGACAGGAGCUUUUCGUCCUAGAUGGUCAUCUUCGCCCUGGCAUCCUUGCCCUCAUCAAUGACGCGGACUGGGAGCUCGAAGGAGAGGAGGCGUACGAAGUCCAAAACGGUGACAAUAUCCUCUUCGUCUCGACGCUUCAUGGAGGUUAG